UUGAUGUAAAAAGCCAUGGAACGUCCACGAGGUUUCUUUACGAAAAGGACUGAACAUUAUAACAAUAUACAAAAGGAAGAGAAUAAGAAGAAAGCAAUCGAACAGAGUUUGACGAUAAAUCCAAAAGAAGCAGAGAAGCUUACACAACAGCAACAAUCAUCGCCAAGUCCAAAAGUUGAAAAUUUAGAUCCAAAUAAAUCGACUGCCGUAGUUCAUACGAGAACCCCAAAUAAGGAACGUCCAUUGAAGUGUCUCGAAACAUUAGCACAAAAGGCUGGAAUAACCUUUGACGAAAAGUACGAAAAUUCUUUAGUUAUGGAAAAAUCACAAAGUCCUGCACAGCAAGUGCAGCAACAGCAACAGCAGCAACAACAACAACAACAACAACAAAUGCCCAUGCAAAUUUUGCCAGAGCAAUUGACACAAUUCCAACAGUUUCAAAUUCAACAAGCAUUUGGAAAUGGAGGACCAACGAUUCAAGUUAAGCAAGAAUAUGCAACACAACAGCAACAAGGAAUUACAGCUGCUGAUUUAAAGUCAUUACAAGAUCAACAGAUGCAACAAAUGCAAAUUGUUCAGGAAUCACCACAAAGUCCACAUCAAAAUUCACAAAACAUGCAAAAUGCACAAAAUAUUCAGAAUGCAAUACAGCAAGCUGUUCAAUCUGGACAAGUUCCAGCCGAAUAUUUACAGCAACGCGUUCAAGUCCUUCAGCAACCUAUUCAAAAUACAUCAUAUCUACAACAAAUGUAUGGUCCUCAAUUACUCAUGUCAGCUGCUGGAAAUUUAAUAGGUCACAGUGGAUUAGGACAGCAACAAAUUCAGUUAAUAGCUGGGAAACCAUUUCAGAAUCAACUAACGCCACAAAUGCUUAGCACGGCGGGUGGGAAACCAGUUUUAACGACAGCGUCAGGAGCUCAAAGUUUCAGUUAUACGACACUUCCAACGAUUCCCUCAAGUCAAUCACAAACGUUACUUUUUAGUCCAGUGACUGUUAAUGGUGUACUUGGAUCACAAACACAAAAUCAGCAAGGUGGACAACAGAGUAUAUUGCCAAAUAUGCAAACACAAAACACACCAUCAAAAAAUGACAAUACACAAAAGACUGUUGGAGGACAGAAAGUUUUACAAAAAGUGACGACACAAAAUUCUAAUCAACAGCAAUCAGGGAAUGUAGGAAAUCAGGCUCAGCAACAAGCCAAUCAGCAGCAACAAUGUGUUCAAGUUUCACAGACAAUGCCAACAGCUCAAUUAUUAGGUGGUCAAACUAUGCAAUUCACUCCGUGGCAUUUGCAAGGAAUGCCAUUUUGGACAGCAACAGCAAAUGGAAUUCAACCACAAAUAGUAGCAACAAAUCCAAUUUUAAUAAGAGGAUCUAAUCAAGAUGGAACACAGAUGAUUUUCCAACAGAGUCCAACGCCAACUUCAACGCAUCAAACUGUACAAUCUCCACACAAUCAAAUUUCUCUUGUCGGAAAUAUUGCUCAAGCCACGAAUCAACAACAAAAAGUUCGUCCAGCCAAUGAAAAUUUACAAGCGAAGCAACAAAAUCAGCAACGAGCACCACCAAUUCUCCCACAGGGUGCUCCCAUACGUCCUGCAAGUUCAGUAUCAACACAGACUCAAAUUAACCAGAACGCAAAUAUUCUUGCUAAGACACCAAAAGUGAGGACGAAACAGACUCCCGUACGGCCUGCUGCACCGAAUAUUAAAGUUUCAUUAAAUCAGCAAACACAACCUACCACAAUGAUGCAUCAAGUUGUAGCACCAGGCGUAAAUAAGAUGGUCGUGAUGAGUAAUAUCAAUGGACAAUUGACACCAGUUCUUCAGCAAAAUUCAAGCCCUCAAAUACUUACGAAUGAUAAGAUGAAGCAACAAGCUCAACAGCAAAUUCUACAACAGCAACAAGUCCUUCAGCAGCAAAUCGCUCAAUUACAACUUCAGCAGCAGCAACAACAACUUCUUCAUUCACAAGCAGGUAUGCAAAAUGCACAACUAAUUGCAGCUGCAAAUGCCAGUGGAAUACAGCAAGUUGUAUUACAACCACAACAGAUGCAAGCUGUGACUGUAACUUCUUCUGCAAACCUUCAACAUUCCAUGCCACAAUUACAACAGCAAGGAAUUAUGACAAAAGCUGGUACACAUCCACCAAUUUUACAAAUGGCUCAACCAGUUACGUCGCAUAAUAUUUCUCAUUCUACAUCUAUGGCCAAUACUCAUAUUGUAACUUCCAUUGCUGGAUCAGUAACUGCUGAUACAUCAAAUUCAAUUCUUGGACCACUCUCAUCACCACAAACUCCUCUUCAACCUCCACAAAAUCCCCUAAUUGCUAUGACAACUCUCUCGGCAUCUCCAAUGUCAAGCAGUCUUCAUAAAGAAAAGGUUGAUGCAUCGACAGGAGAGUCACAAAAGCCUGUAGUUUCAACAUCUGUUAGUCAUUCAACAAUUUCAUCGUCACCAUUAAAACGAUCUGCUCCAGAGGACGAAAAUAAGACAGAUGCAAAGAAGCAGGCAACAGAGAGCUUAGCUGAGUCAAGAAAAGCUGAGGAAUCACAAAAUGCAUCAUCAAAUAAUAGUGUAUCGUCAUCACCUAGUGUAAAUAAAAAUCAACAAACUCCAUCCACACCAAACUCAUCAAAUGCAUCAAAAACUCAAGUUGUAAGUACUGGAAGUAAUACACCUUUAACGACGCAGAAUGGUGAUGCAGACAUAAAGAAGAUAACAAACAAUGUAACCACAAAUUCUCCAUUAUUAAAGAAUGAAUUACCUAAAGCUAUGGUUAAGCCUAAUGUGCUGACACAUGUCAUUGAAGGAUAUGUAAUUCAAGAGUCAAGUGAGCCAUUCCCAGUAACAAGGCAACGAUAUUCAGAAAAAGAGAAUGAUGAGCCACCAAAAAAGAAGCAGGCUGUAACAGAUGAUUCAAAAGUUAGUGAAAGCCCUAAAAUUGUCAAUGGAGAAUCAUCAGGUGUAUCAUCAUCAACGCCAGUUCAAGCUCCAACUGACAUGGUAGCAUGUGAGCAAUGUGGAAAACAGGAAAUGAGAAGUAAAUUGAAACGAAAACGAUUCUGCUCAUUAAACUGUGCUCGUGCUAGUAAAACUGCAUCAACUGACAGCUCACCAGUCAUAUCAGCAAGUAAUGGUGAUGAUAAAGUUGUUGAAGCAUCUCCAUCACAUGCUGAUAAAUCAAAAACAGACAAUAGUGAUAAUAAUGUCGAAAGUCAAUCAAUUGAGGAGCAUGUCAUGAUGAAAUGGAGCGUCUCACAAGUGUGUGACUUUAUUAAAAAUCUUCCAGGCUGUACAGACUAUGCUGAAGAUUUUGCAUUGCAAGAAAUCGAUGGGCAGGCACUCUUAUUGCUUAAAGAAAAUCAUCUUGUUAGUGCAAUGGGUAUGAAAUUGGGACCAGCGUUGAAAAUUGUAAGUAAAAUUGAAUCAAUGCGAGUUUCACAAGAAUCGGAGCAGCAGGAAAGUGAAGGAUCAGGAGAUCAAUCGCCACAAUAAAAUUGAGUAUCGGCUCAAAGCUAAUGUGACCAUAUUCACAUGGUAAUAUCUGAUUUGACAAACUUAAAGUAUGGAACUUUAUGUGGAUAUGGCAUAAAAGUUGUUUUCAAUAUUGAAUCUUGUGAAUUAAUUAGAGAAAUUAUUAAUUAAAUUUAUAUUUUGUACAUAAUAUUUUUAAAUCAUCUUUGCUUUUUUUCAUCAUUAGAGAUAUUGUUUUGCUAUAU